GGUGGAAGGAAGACUGAAAUGUAGUCGACUUCGUUAUCGUACCACAAAACAAACGUAAUUGAGCGGUCGGUCUAAUGGCGCCCUCUCUGCUUUGUUGAUCGGUCCUCGGUUGCAAUCCUUGUACGUGCGUGUCGCUGUCCUCCGCCAAUUCCUAUCUCCAGGGCGUCUGACCGGCGGUGGGCGAGUUGGGGUGUGUCUGCCAGCGAGAGAGAGAGAGAGGGAGGGAGCGUGCGUUUCAGAUAGCUUGGACACCACACGACUCAAGUGAGAAUAAAAUGCUGCAAAAUCAGAAAUUGACACGACUCGUGCUCUGGCAGUAAUCUGACACUUGUUUGUUCGCCGAUACGAAGAGACAGCCUGGAACCAUGAAGAAACACCAGAGCCCGGCAAAACAACCACCAGCUGAAGUCACCAUACCAGACAACGAGGUUACUGUGCAACAACUGAACGAGCUUCUGUCGAAUGGCAGUGGAUUUUACAGUUUACCAACACAACAUUUCAACGAGGUCUUCCCCAGAAUAUACGUUGGUAACGCGUUCGUAGCCCAGAAUGUGAUGCGCCUGCAGAAACUCGGGGUGACACACAUCCUGAACUCGGCGGAGGGCAACUCCUUCAUGCACGUCAACACCAGCGCAGGGUUCUACUCCGGCACGGGCAUCACCUACCACGGCAUCAAGGCCAACGACACGGAGCAGUUCAACCUCUGCGCCUUCUUCGAGGAGGGCGCAGAUUUUAUCGAGAAGGCCCUGGCACACAAUAACGGAAAAGGGAAGGUGUACGUCCAUUGUCGAGAAGGCUACAGCCGCUCCCCGACCAUGGUCAUCGCUUACCUCAUGCUACGCCACAGAAUGUCUGCAAGGCAGGCGGUCGCCACGGUGAGGCACAAGAGAGAGAUCGGCCCCAACGAAGGCUUCCUGCGCCAGCUGUGCCAACUCAACGAGAAGCUGGCGAAAGAGGGCAAGCUGAACGGAGAGGUCGGGAAGUUAAAGACCAAAUGAGAAGGAUUGAGAGAGACACAAAUCCUUCUUCCAUUCUGCCUUUACAGGUCUCAGCUGCCCCCGGAAGAGCCAACGACACCUGACCGACCCAAACCAGCAGACACUCAGACACACCACACCACUGCAACACACACACUCACACUUGUACCUUACACACACACUUACAAGUUAAAAACACCUCACAAUCCCACACUUCUAGUUCUCUCCUCUUCUUCCUGUGCCACACACACACACACCCCUACACACAUCCGUCACGCUGCCAUCCUCCUUGUCACCAUCGCUUUUCCCUGCAGAUCUGUGAGGGUACCUCUGCCUGAUAUCCAGCUGCUCUCACACUGAAGGGGAGGUUAGGCAAGGAGAGACUGGAACCUUCUCCAAACACGGCUCAAUGCUCUCCUCUCCUUCCUGUUCUAUCUCCCUGUCUCCUCACUCCACAGACAGACUUCUGACUGGACCCGUAGACCACGAACACAACCGCAAAGUGUCUGUGUUGACCUGAGAUGUAAAGCAUUCCCUUAACCACACGUGUAGUUUACUUUCACACGCUUCCCUUUUUGGAGCAAAGAGGUUGACAAUGUGGUUUAAAUCAUAGAUUAUAGCACAACUAUCGUUUCCCAGUAGAUUGUAACCAUUCCAUAGUUUCACACUGCCCUGCAGUCCCUACCCUGCACCUCAGAGUGUCUGAGGUGACAAAUAAUGUCAUAGCAUAAAAGGACACCUUUCCCUGCUCUUCCUGGAAGUGUGGGAUAUUCCGUGACAUAGGAACAGGAAGUAGUGUAGGGAUAUCAAAGCGAUAUCAUGGCAAUUCCUGUAAAAGAUGCUGCCAAAUUUUAUAUGAAGAGAGAAGAUUAAACAUUCCAUGAAGAGAGAGAACACGCCCCCUUGAGUUGUGACACUCCAGCCCCUGAUGACCCCCACACCCCUGCAGACACAUACUGAAUGAAUCCAGAAUCUAGUACACUUGUGCCCCUGUGUAUGCACACACAUCCGUCCCCAAUCCACGCUAACUCAACACAGCCUUUCUCAUUUCCUCAGCCCAUAACCUCCUCCCUUUUUUCUAGCGGAUCAAGUGCAUUUACACACAGGAAUCUCCCCAUUCACAAAGACGCACUUGUCAUGCCAGACAGUUAUCCACUGCCAAACACCCGUGACACCCACCGUCGUUCCAACUGUCCAACAACGUUACAAUCGUUUGUCUUAGGUCUGUUCAUGUCCACUGCCUUGUUCCUGUGUGUACUAACGUCAGACAGCAUCUGGCCUAGUACACAGACGCAGGGUUGAAUGACAAGGCUUUUCUGUUUGUCUGUAAUAGUACAUUGCAGUAUAUGUCAAUCAUCCCACUAUGUUUAUGAUAUAUCAACGAGAAUGCCCAAAACAUCACAAUGUAUGUUACAUAGACACAUACUAUAAUAGCUAGUAGUCCAGUCUGUAUUAUGGUAGGCCUCAGAUUGGACUUCAUUUAGUGUAAGUUAAAAAGUUGGCGCCGUAAAAGACUCGCGCUUUUGUGUUGAAACCGACGAGCUCGCUCGACUUCAACACAUCAAGGAUGUUCGCCCCUCAAACAUUCAUAAGAGACGUUAACCCUUACGAUGCUCCCUGGGUCUCGACUUCACGUUCAAACUGAGCCGCCAUCCCUAACAUCAUCCAGCCCUCGCCCGUCACACUAACGAGGAGAGGGGAGAGAGUCCAUCGCCCACCGUAGAUCACUUUAGAAUCCACGCACGGCGUGCACUAAAGAGGGCGUUAGUGCGCGCAGCUCGCACGGCCAGUCAGUUCUCGUUGCGCUCACGCUACGACGCCCGAGGGCUCGUCUGCGUCCACGAAACGAGCCGGCUCCGCUUCUCACAAUGGAGGAGAAAACUGACACUAGGAAACUAGGUUACAUUGUGACAUACAACACUAUCUAUUCCUCUUUUCGUGUCUAUAUACAUAUGAAUAUAUACAUGUACUGUAUAUACAUAUUUAAGUGUUGACAUAUAUGAAUGUGACAGCAAUGUGUCUAUAAUCUGUAGGUAUCGUAAGUACAUGUGUUAGUCCUUAUGUAUCAUUCUGUAAUUAGAUAUUAUACGCCAUUGCAAACGUUUACACUUGGCAAACAGCUUUCAUGUCAACAUCACCGUCCACCCCAUCUUUCCUUCUCAGCUGUUGGUGCUGUAUAGUCCAUCAGGGCCAGUACAGCUUUCAUGGGUUUGUGUUGACCUCAGUUUUCAGGAGAACUCGAAAUAUUGUAGUAAUCACAGAAUAGGGGUUGGAUUGUGGAUGUGAGUAGAAUGUAUUGAUUCUGUGAGUCACAGCAGGUGGAAAAGGAUGUCCUCUUUCACUGUUAUUCUGUGUUCUCUGCACAUCAGUCAUAAUCCCAUCACCCCUCCCAACCGCCUGUCACCGGCUCACCACCAGCACACAGAAGGCAGUCCUGUGAAGAGAGUCAAUCGGAGAAUGAAAGGAUAAUCUGAACCUAUCAUUAAACAUUCCUGUGUAAUCCCAACAUCUAGGAUUUUAAUAACCUUCGAACUAACAAUUUUAAUCACAGAAGAAAAACUCAGUACCAUCCCACAAACAAACCAUUGCGAUAGAAGACUAUCUGCUCUGCAACCUACUGUUCAGUAGGUCUUUUUAAAUGUUUUUAAACUGGCUUUGUGACUCAAAACACUGGUUUGUUUUGCUCCAAUUGUGUCAAAUGUAGGAGUGAUUAUCCUACCGAAACACAAAGAGCAACAACAAUUUUUAAGAUUUACAGUUCCUUUGUAUGAAUAAUACCUUCAAAACGGUCCAAGAUGAGGGUAUUUCUUUUAAAGCAUAAACUGCCUACACUUACACCCAUAGAAGUGGUUUACAGGGAACUUUGUUAGUACCUGAGUUCCACAAAUAAGGUUACUUUCAAUUAACACAAGUGAUGAGGAAGUGAAGGAUCAUGGGACAGAGUUGUUGAGCAACAUCAUCUGUACACUCACCCUCUCAUAUGUUGAGAAAUACUGCCACCUGCUGUUUUCAUGAUUCCAGUGGUCUGCACAAAUUGUCAAUUAUUUCAUGGCUAUUUUGAGUCCUUGUUAGAAACUUUUUCUGCAGUACUUGAUAAACAUUGUCAGUAUUGUGAACCAAUAACUGUGCGUAAGGCAGGACUAUGUCGUUCUUUGGAAUGUUAUUUGCAACGUUAGCCAAAUGAUACGUUUAAACACAUUAUCUUGUGGUUAUGUUUUUGGUAUGUGCUGAAUUGUCAAGAAUGUCAAUUGUGACCUUCCUGUAGUGUGUAAUGCUAUAUACUGGGUAAGUUACAUGCACUGUGGCUAUUGUGAAUCAUAUGACGCAAUAAUGACAGUUACUAGGUAUUUUCAUCAGCCCACAAGUAAUAUACGCUGCAAAACA